AUGGAGGACUACAAGUUCUUCCAACACUGCGAGGCAAUCAACUCCGAGCUGCAGGAUGACGAGGUGUCCGCCGCCGCUGCCGCCGCCGGAGAAUCCCUUUCCAGCCUCCAGCCAUCCUUCUCCUCCGAGAGCUACUCCUCCUUCCAUCACACAGCCACCCUUCCAAACGUCGCCGUUUCCACCGUGGUCCCCGCCGCGGCCGGAAGCGGCUCUUCCAUGAACGAAACCUACGAUCACCACAUCUGCCGGCCGACAAAGCAGCAGAAGAAGACAAACAGCUGGAGCUCCACCGUGACCACCGACAACCUCCACCACCACCGCCACCACCACAUCGAUUUCGCUUCCUCCCACUCCUCUCAAAUGCUGUCCUUCGACAACUCCAACUCCACCACUUCUUCUUCUUCCCUCCAGCUGCCUUUCUCCAGAAACUUGGACAACACGGUAAUGAAGCCCAGAGACGAGGAGGCUGCAGCUGACUUGCUUUUCCACCCUCCGAUGAUCAGCAACAACUACAACCACCUUAGCGAUCCUUUUGAGAACACCGUCUACGCUCCAAAGUAUAUGAUCAAGACUCGCCCCUUUUCGUCCAUGGCGGCGGCCACCAGAAGCCCUUCCCACGCUCAGGACCACAUCUUGGCCGAGAGGAAGCGCAGGGAGAAGCUCAGCCAGAGGUUCAUUGCUCUCUCUUCCAUCGUCCCUGGCCUCAAGAAGAUGGACAAAGCUUCGGUGCUUGGGGACGCGAUAAAGUACGUGAAGCAUCUCCAGGAAAAGAUCAAACAGCUGGAGGAGCAGACCAAGAAGAGAACCGUGGAGUCGGUGGUUCUCGUCAAGAGAUACCACCUUCCUGCCGACGACGACUCGAAUUCCUCUUCGAACGACGACGACGACAGCAAAAGCAAUGUUGAGAAGGCGGGAUGUUGCUCGGACUCGACGCUGCCGGAGAUCGAAGCGAGGGCGUCGGAGAGGGACGUUAUGAUACGCAUCCACUGCGAGAAGCAGCCUGGCGUGCUCGCCAAGGUCCUGACCGAGGUCGAGUCUCUGCAUCUGUCGAUCGUCAAUAGCAGCGUGAUGCCGUUCGGCAACUCCACCCUCGACAUCACCAUCGUGGCUCAGGUAACUAACUAA